AGCGAUCUAUUGGGACCCAAGGGAUUUGGUUUAAAUGAAAUCUAUUUCGAUUUGCGACCCAUCGUCAGACCGAUUUUCUCAUUUAACCCAUUAACGACGCCGACAAUGCUCCAUUCACCCUCCCCCACCGGCGGCCCUGAGCUCGCACCAAACGUCUCCAACCUCUCCGCACUGGAGAACCCUAGCCGCUUGCCACCGGCGGCUGAAGGACCACUGCCGAGCCCCGAACAACCACCAGCCGACUCCGACAUCCUUCCUGUCCCUCCACCGCCGCUGAAUCCUUCGAGCAAAGGAAUCCCGCCGCCUCCUCCCGUCGCAGCACGAACCCUAGCCGCGGCUGAGCGAUGGAGGCUGUGCUGGAGUAUCACGGCUUCGCUCUCUUUCCUUGCUCUGGUCGGUGUUCAGCUCGCGCGGGAUGGAGAAAUUUACCCGUUGAAGCUGUUGAAAGUGGUAACAAGCACCUCAGCAUACAUCUUCAUCCUACUCCUGCUGCCGUUUACACACCACAUUCGGAAAAUCGAGCUGGGAGUAUUUUUCAGUAUCGUGCUCAACUCGUUGUACUACCCUGUACCGAUUGCGCUGGCCAUGUACUCGGAGGAUGGCUGGGAACUGGUCAUGGUCAACCUCAUUUUCCUCCACAUUAUGGCUUUAGUUAAUUCGGCUGUGGUAUCUAUCAAACAUUUCGACGUGGCUAAUAUCGGUCUCACAGUUGUCCUGAACCCGUUGCUAUUUGUCGCCGACAAGCACGAAAAGGAUGGCCUUGCGGUUGAUAAAUGCAUAUUACUUCUUUUAUUCAAGCAAUGGGUCGAGUUUGUUCGGGAUUUUGUGGCCAAAAUGAAGGUGCCCGAGUUUCCUGAGGUUGUGUGGCGGGUCAGGGAUGUCUUGGCUGAUGUCUGGGGCAGGAUGCCGAACUUUUUCUAUGGUGGGUGGCGUGUCUCGAGGGACUACUUGCGUAAGGGGAAUUCAUUUGUUUACGAGCCAUUGCUGAGGUCCCGCGUAUCGAGAAUCAGUAGCCCGGCACAAGAAAAGGGUUCCGGAGGUCAGGCCCCGAGCAAGCGGCUGAGUUGACAGAUGUUUGUCGGCCCAAGAUGUGACUAUGUUUAAUCUGUUGGGGUCUCACGAAAGUUUUGGGUUCGGGAUUGCUUUGAGGUUGUGUCUUUUGGGAGCUUUCAAGUAUUUCCAAACUGUAUUUGGGAUUCUCUCUGAUUCAUAGUUGCUUUUGUUAUUUCCAGUAGACUGUAGGAACUUGAGUCUGCACUUGUUAUUUUUCUGUAUAAAGUAGGAACAUGACUCGCAAUUUCAGGGAUUCCCUCCGGUUUGCGCGUGCUAUUUUCAGUACUAUGUUGGAACUUUGACUACCCAUUUAUAGGAUGUUAUCUGUUACAUAUUUCACUUGUUAUUUACGGUAUGAUUAGGAACUUGGCUCGUG